GGUUCAUGAGCGCUUGAAGGUUGACUGAUCCUGGUCGACCCGCAUUCGUCUGAGUCGAGUCGGGGUAUGUUGAUGGCCGAUCCCUCCACCUGUCGACUUUUGAUUUCUCUCUCUUCUCCAUCCACCAGAAUGUCGCAGAACUGGUCCAUCAAGGAGGCUACGCCAGAUGACAUUCCCGACCUGCUUAAGCUCGUCGUCGGCCUUGCCGUCUACGAGAAGGAGCCCGAUGCCGUCACGUGCACGCCUGAGAUGAUGCGCAAGGCCAUUUUCGAGGACAAGUACGCGCACGCUCUGAUUGUCCGGCUAGACUCGGGAGAGGCCGUCGCGCUGUGCAUCUACUUCUUCACCUACUCGACUUGGCUCGGCAAGCCCGGACUUUGGGUAGAGGACAUCUUCGUCAUCCCUGAGCUCCGCGGCUCAGGCAUCGGCAAGGCGCUCUUCGGGCACGUCGGCGAGAUUGCCCUGGAGCGUGACUGCGGGCGUGUCGAGUGGUGCGUGCUGAAGUGGAACACCCCCAGCAUCGAAUUCUACGAGAAGAAGCUCGGCGCCACCCCGCAGGUCGAGUGGCAGGACGAGCGUCUCGAAGGCACCGAGGCCAUCAAGAAGCUCGCUGCGCUCAAGCACAAGUAAAGAUGAAUAUUAUAUGAUGCAGGACUAUCGGAUCGUGGUAUAGCCGGCCCCCUUCUUCUCAGCGACGCCAUCGACCUUCUUGUCGGCGCUCUGGGAGGCAGGUACUUGGCCGAGCUUGGACAUGUCCAUUUUCAGCUGUUUCGCGUCACCUUUGAAGCCGAUGUAGAACACUUUUGACCGCUGC